GUAAACAUAACCACGUGGUUUGUGUAUAAUAAAAACAAAAGAGUUUUGAAUGACUUGUCAUUAGGUCAUUUCAGUUGAUUGCUGUUUGUUGAAUCAAAUGAUUAAUAUAAUUAACGAAUAAUCUACUUAUAUUAUUAAUCCACCACCUUGUGAUAAUCAUAAAACAGUAGAGCAACAUUUCCAGUAAUUGUCAUAAUAUGGCUUAUCAGAAGCAACCAGUAAAAUUUGAAGUGAAACAGCAUGUCAAUAAUGCUAAGUUUAAUCGUAUGUUUAGAACUGUAUCGCGAGAUGUAACCGGCACGAGUUGUGACAUCCCAGAGCGCAGCAAGAUUUUGUUUGGUUACGUUAAUCAUCCCUUCCCUAACACAUUGGUAUCAGUGGUGUCAUUUAGAUUGUCUGAUAAUAGACUUGAAGAGCCAACGUCCAUAUUUUCGUGUGAAUAUUACCAUCAUAUUUCAUAUCUGUUUGUGAAAAGAGACCAUCAGGGUGAAGGAUAUGGACGGAGAAUGGUUGAACGUGCAAUCAGUAUGAUACUACAACAUAAUAUAACGCGACCUGUUCGUCUGCAGAGUGCUCGUAAAUCUAUUGAGUUCUUUGAGCGUGUGGGAUUUCAGAAGUUAGGAGAGGUGUACGAUACAUCUCAUAGCGUCAAUGGUUCUCCGUUGUUUAAUUUCAUGCAGGAUAUGGAAAGGACAUUAACUUGAACCUGUUGUCUUUUUUUUAAGUAAUACAAAUAUGGUGUAGUCAGUAUAAGUGUUUGUUGCAGACGAUGUUACAUAGCUGAAAUUUGUUCCAAAUUUAACUAAUUUCAUACAGAAUGCGCAAACUACAUAUUAAAUGGCAGAAACGAUGCAACAAUUUAUUAGUUUUUCUGUCUAUAUACCAGUCGACAGUGUCAAAAGAGCUAUCAGAGGCUAUAAUAGAGGCAGACCUUUCGGUCUAAGUUACAUUUUCAUGUGCAGUGUAAUUUGGCCUAUUCUUAGGGAAACAUUUUAAACUGACCACAGCGGUAGACUGAUCACAUAACCUAGACCAAUGCUUAUGUUACACACACAAUUGAAGAAUUAUUUAAUGAUGCAGUUUUAUGAUGUAAAGGUUUAUAGAUUAUCUAUAGCUGUAGUGGAAAUGAAAUUUAACUAAUUUGUUAUUAUUUGAUGCUUUUUUGUCGAAUUAAAUAAUAGAAUAUUAU